CUCUCCAUUCAAAAUGGUUUUUCCAAUGUGCAAAUUUCUUGUUUUAUUAGUUUUCUUUGUGGUUUUUCCACCUUCACUUGGUGCUCCUGAGAAUCCCUUCACCAUGCCUCACUUUGGCUCAAAUUCAAGGCCUGGAAACUUCUUUAAUCCAACACAAAUUCAUUGUCAUGUUUGUAACCGUAUACUCUUUGGAACUCAAGAAGUCAAUGGUGAGACCUGUGUGAUACAAGAUGAGACUGCAAAUUUAACCUACACAAAUCGAAGAGAUCCUUUCAAUCCCUUACAUCGCUCCAACCAGCUUUCUUUGCAUGCUUCUCCUUCUACAUCCCAUCCACCUAAUCAAACCCAUUAUUCCAAUGUUAAUCGCCUAGCGCCUCAAAGAAACCUUGCUUCAACACUUAACCAGCCCUUGAUAUCUUUUCAAAACCAACUGCGUCAAGAGAUUAUACGCAGGAUCAUUGGUACUACUAGGCAACCCAUAGCUCAACCUCCUAUGCAAAUGGUAAAUACUAGAGCCAUCCAGCCUUUCUUCUCUUUUCCAGAUCCACAGGACCCCUUGGUUAGAGCCAUUAAUGCACGCUUGCAGCAACAACAGCAGCAAGUUCGACCUCGUAGGCGAAGGGUACGUAGAGAAAAUAGGGUGCAUCCUAAUGCUCUUGUACGUCAUCCAGUGGCUCAAAUUGCCCCAGAUGUGAUUGAUAUACAGCAUGAUGAAUAUGACGGUAGUGACAACUCCAUUAGUAUGAUUAAUGUGGACUUGAACCUUUAAGAACUAGGCGGAGUUCACAAGCGGUCAUAGAUGUUCUCUUUACUUAUUCCAGACUUUCGUUAUUGA